UGCAGCUAAAUUGUAAGAAAAACAGAUACGGAAACGGAAAACCCAUGGAAUGGCCGACCUUGAGUCACUCAUACAGAAAUGCACAUCCUUCUCCCACAUAAAGCAACUCCAAGCUUACUUCUUCACAACCGGUAACUUUCAAUCCUGCCGCACCCGCUCCAAACUCCUCGACCUUUGCGCCAUCGCCCCCUUUGGCUCUCUCUCAUUUGCUAUCUCUAUUUUCCGCCAAAUCCGAACCCCUUUUACCAAUGACUUCAAUGCCAUUAUCCGCGGCCUGGUCCAAAGCCCUGAACCCACGGCGGCCUUCGCGUGGUACCGAACCAUGCAACGUGGGUCUUUCAGAGUGGAUGCCCUUACGUGCUCUUUCACGCUGAAAGCUUGCGCGCGUGUCUUGGCUGCUACUGAAGCUCGUCAGCUUCAUGCCAACAUAAUGCGUUUGGGGUUCAUGGCGGAUGCUUUGUUAGGAACUACGUUGCUAAACGUGUAUGCAAAAGUUGGCGAUCUUGGUCGUGCAAGGAAAGUGUUUGAUGAAAUGCCCCAACGAGAUAUCGCCUCGUGGAAUUCCUUGAUUUUCGGGUUGGCUCAAGGGAACCAAGCCAGUGAAGCGUUAGAAUUGUUUAAGAGAAUGGAAGUUGAAGGGUUAAAGCCUAAUGAGGUUACCGUUCUUGGUGUUCUUUCAGCGUGUUCGCAUCUGGGAGAUUUUAAAGAAGGUGAAAAGAUUCAUCUGUUUAUAAGGAACGAAAAGUUGGAUUUGAACGUGCAAGUUUGUAAUGCACUUAUUGAUAUGUAUGCAAAUUGCGGAUUUGUGGAUAAGGCCUAUGGUGUGUUUGAUGACAUGGGUUGUCGAAAGUGCCUUGUUACAUGGAAUACUAUGAUCAUGGCCUUUGCAAUGGAUGGAAAUGGACUUAAGGCGCUUCAGCUUUUCCAGCAAAUGGAUGGAGCUCGGGUGCAGCCUGAUUCUGUAACAUAUCUUGCUGUGCUAUGUGCUUGUAAUCAUGCUGGCCUGGUUGAGGAUGGUGUGAGAUUGUUUAAUACAAUGGGGAAGCAUGGAGUGAAACCUAAUAUGAAGCAUUAUGGAAGUGUGGUUGAUUUGUUAGGUCGAGCCGGGAGGCUUAAAGAGGCUUAUAAUAUUAUCAAUUCUAUGCCAAUGGUCCCAGACGUAGUGCUUUGGCAGAGUUUGCUUGGAGCAUGCCGGAUUUACAAGGAUGUGGAGAUGGCAGAGAUUGCUUCGAGGAAUCUGGUGGAGAUGGGGUCCAAUAAUUGUGGGGAUUUUGUGUUGUUAUCAAAUGUUUAUGCAGCACAUGAGAGAUGGAAUGAUGUUGGUAGGGUGAGGGAUUCCAUGAAGAAAAGGGAUGUGAAGAAGGUGCCUGGUUUUAGCUACAUUGAGGUAGAUGGUUUGAGGCAUAAGUUUUUUACUGGUGAUAAGAGCAAUGCCAAAUGGAAAGAGAUAUAUUCGAAAUUGGAUGAGAUCAGAUUCAGGAUUAAAGAGUUAGGCUAUGUGGCUGAAACUAGUUUUGUUCUUCAUGACAUAGGGGAGGAGGAGAAGGAGAACCAACUUUGUCAUCAUAGUGAGAAGUUGGCAGUGGCCUUUGGUUUGAUUAGUACGAGCGAAGGGACCCCAAUUCAAGUUAUUAAGAAUCUUAGGAUAUGUGUAGAUUGUCAUGUUGUGAUUAAGCUUAUAUCAAAGAUAUAUGAGCGACAAAUUAUUGUGAGGGAUAGAGUUCGGUUUCACAAAUUUAAAGAUGGAUUUUGUUCUUGUAGGGAUUACUGGUGAGUGGUGACCCCGGUUUCUUUCCCUUUUUUUUUUCCUGAAUUAAUUCAUC